ACUUCUUGGUCACGUGGCUGUGACAUCACAUUUGCACUCAAUAUGUUUUUUUUAAGACUUCGGGAUCACCUUUAAACUGCUCCUUUUCCGGAAGUCGAGCGUUUGUUUGACUGUCUUACUUUAUGGCAGGGUCUAUAGACUCAGGAUCAGAGCAGAUGUCUCACAAAGCACAUGGACAGGAUUUCCAGUGAGAAUAUGGGGAAAGAGCUCUGCUGACACUCAUUCUUGGAACCUAAUUUUUCAUGUCGUUUAAUCCUUGAGUGGCUCACCAGUGUACCACUAUGGCACAGGAAGCUCAGAAAAAAGCAAACUUUUCAACACUUGCUGGACAUACAAAUGGUCUCACAAAGUCCUCUGCCUUGACCUCUAAGCCUUCAGCUUCCAAAAAGUUAAUUAUUAAAAAUUUUAAAGAUAAACCAAAACUGCCUGACAGCUACACUCAGGACACGUGGCAAAAGCUCCAGGAGGCAGUGAAUGCCAUAGAAAGUAGCACAUCUAUAAAAUACAACCUGGAGGAGUUAUACCAGGCUGUAGAAAAUUUAUGCUCCUAUAAAGUUUCUCAUACCCUUUACAAACAACUUCGUCAAGUAUGUGAAGAACAUAUGAAAGCUCAAAUCCAUCAGUUCAGGGAAGAUUCUCUAGACAGCUUUUUAUUUUUAAAAAAGGUUAACAGAUGUUGGAAGGAUCACUGCCGACAAAUGAUCAUGAUCAGAAGUAUUUUUUUAUUUUUGGAUCGUACUUAUGUCCUUCAGAACUCAAUGCUUCCAUCAAUAUGGGAUAUGGGAUUGGAACUCUUUCGCUGUCAUGUUGUUAGUGACAGAAUGGUUCAGAUCAAAACAAUUGAUGGAAUCUUAAAGCUUAUUGAGCAAGAACGCUCUGGGGAGGCUGUAGAUCGGAGCUUGCUGAGAAGUUUAUUGGGCAUGUUGUCGGACUUACAAGUGUACAAAGAGUCAUUUGAGACAAAGUUCUUAGAGGAGACAAAUUGUUUGUAUGCUGCUGAAGGACAAAGGCUCAUGCAAGAAAGAGAGGUACCUGAAUAUCUCCAUCAUGUGAACAGGCGUUUAGAAGAAGAGGUAGACAGAGUUAUUACAUAUUUGGACCAUGGGACACAUAAACCACUGAUUGCUUGUGUGGAAAAACAGCUCUUAGGCGAGCAUUUAACUGCUAUCUUGCAAAAAGGUCUGAAGAAUAUGCUUGAUGAAAAUAGAGACCCAGAACUGACUCUAAUGUAUCAACUCUUUAGUCGGGUCAAAGGUGGUCAGAUAAUACUACUGCAGCACUGGGGUGAAUACAUUAAAAACUUUGGAAGUGGAUUAGUUAUUAAUCCCGAAAAAGACAAAGACAUGGUUCAGGAGCUCCUGGAUUUCAAGGAUAACGUAGACCACAUAAUAGACGUUUGCUUCCAGAAGAAUGAGAAGUUUGUCAACACUAUGAAAGAAUCAUUUGAAACUUUUAUCAACAGAAGAGCAAACAAGCCAGCAGAACUCAUAGCCAAAUAUGUGGAUUCCAAGUUACGUUCUGGAAACAAAGAAGCAACAGAUGAAGAACUGGAGAGACUUCUGGAUAAAAUAAUGAUUAUAUUUCGAUUCAUUCAUGGCAAAGAUGUUUUUGAAGCAUUUUACAAAAAAGAUCUGGCUAAAAGACUGCUGGUUGGGAAAAGUGCCUCUGUUGAUUCUGAGAAGUCAAUGCUAUCAAAACUUAAACAUGAAUGUGGUGCUGCAUUUACCAGUAAGCUAGAAGGGAUGUUUAAAGAUAUGGAACUCUCCAAAGAUGUAAUGGUUCAGUUCAAGCAGCAUAUGCAAAACCACAGUGACCCAGGUAACAUAGACUUGACCGUGAAUAUACUGACAAUGGGAUACUGGCCAACCUAUACACCAGUGGAUGUCCAUUUACCAGCAGAGAUGGUGAAACUUCAGGAAAUAUUUAAAACAUUUUAUUUAGGAAAACAUAGUGGCAGAAGACUACAGUGGCAGUCAACACUUGGGCAUGCAGUUCUGAAAGCAGAUUUUAAAGAAGAGAAAAAAGAACUGCAAGUGUCUCUCUUUCAGACCUUGGUGCUUCUCUUGUUUAAUAAGGGAGAUGAAUUUGGCUUUGAAGAAAUUAAAAUAACAACUGGAAUUGAGGAUAAUGAACUGAGACGAACGCUGCAGUCCCUUGCAUGUGGUAAAGCCAGAGUUUUAAAUAAAUCACCAAAGAGCAAAGAUGUGGAGGAUGGAGACAGGUUUUGCUUUAAUGCCGACUUCAAGCACAAACUAUACAGAAUUAAAAUCAACCAAAUACAAAUGAAAGAAACUGUAGAAGAACAAGUGAAUACAACAGAAAGGGUGUUCCAAGACCGGCAGUAUCAGAUUGAUGCAGCUAUUGUGCGCAUAAUGAAGAUGAGAAAGACCCUUACUCAUAAUCUUUUGGUCUCUGAGCUUUACAAUCAAUUGAAAUUCCCUGUAAAGCCAGGAGACUUGAAGAAAAGGAUUGAAUCCCUUAUAGACAGAGACUAUAUGGAAAGAGAUAAAGACAAUGCAAAACAGUACCAUUAUCUGGCAUGAACAAAAAACCUGGACUUUAUCAGAGAACAAAUCUGCACCAGUCGCAAUAAAGAACCAGUGCAUCAUUUCUCUCUAGCGUUCCUGCUCUGAGUGACAAGACAAUAUCUUAAUGCCCCAUCCCCAAUGCACCUUAGAAAAUUUGAAUUAGUUUUCUGUAUCAUGUAUUCUUGUUUGUGUGGCUGCUUAAAAUUGUUGCUAGUUUAAUGGCACAAAUACAUUGCAUUUUGUUUUGUUUUUCCUUUUUUUUGUUCUAGCAUACUAUCUCACACCAUAACACCUCAAUGCUGCAAUAUUUAUUAGUAGCUAUGAGGAUUACAAUCAGGAGACUAAUGUUAUUGUGGUUAUGUCAGGAAAUAAACCAGCUCCAAAACAAAACAUUUUCUUUCUAUUUAGCUGCAUGACCGAUUGAGCUAGAUCUUCUUAGCAGCAAUCUACUUAUAAUGAAAAGGAAUUUUCUCAGCCAAACUGAUUUCUUCGUUAUGCCUUUAACUCUCCAGAAUUUGAGUUUGUGCGGGGGUGCAUCUAGUGCAAUAUACACAAAAGGAACCCAUUCCCUUCAGCAGGGGAGCAAUGUGUUGUGUUCUCAAUACGUUACCAAAGUCUGUUCCCUAUGUGCCUAACUUAGGGGACAUUUUCGUACACAGACAGAAAACUGCUUCCUAGUCAGUCAACCAGUCAUUUCUUCAUCCAAACACACACCAGCUUCUGGUUAUUCAAAGACACACCCGUCCACAAAGAGAUCUGUAUGCACUUGACUACAUCCAUACCUAAGUUACCUAUUCAGUAAUACACAUUAUCCACCAACAUGCCUAUCCAACUGUGUGCACACCCACCAUCCAUAUUCCCAAUAAACUGCUCUUGUGUAUACACCACCAACCAGACUCUUCACACAGCCAUUCCACAAUAUGCCAAGACAGACAUUUACACACAUCCUGCCUCCAGAAAAGCCACCAACCCAUGCAAAGCCAGCUACAAACACCUACAACUAACUACACAUUCAUUGAACCACCCAACAAUCUGCAGAAAUGCUCAUCAAACCACACAAAUUACUCUGCCAACACUCCCAUGAAUCAACACCCUGUUUAAUUACUAUCAUCUAUAAAGUACAAUACCACUCGAACUGCUCACAUCUGUUUGCCUCUUUAACAUCUCAGUCACUUGAAUCCAUUUUUGAACUUUCAUCUGCAAACUGCUAUCCAACCACAAACACAUCCUUUCCCAGUCACAAACAUGCAACCUACCUAACCUAUCUGCAAAAACAACCAUACGCACACUGUAGAAAAACAUAAAUAAGCCAAUCAAACAUGCAUAUCAAUGUAUUUCUCUUCUGCCCUCUGUUUUGUGGCAGUUUUCUGUAUAAUAAACAUUGUUUAAUUAUUUCACUUUAUCAUGUGACAUUAAAAAAGUGAUAAUUAAAGCAAACAAUAUUGCAACUGUUGUUGCUGCAAUUUCCAGGUAGAUUUAAUAUGCAAUUUCUAAAAUUAUUUGAAAUGAAUUCGCUUGUUUACAGUAAACAAUGUAAGCUAUGGGCAUUUGCUUUUGCUAAUAAAAUAUUUAAAGCA